AUGGCAUCGACCGAAGGUGCUCCGACCGAGCAACCGCACCACCAAAUUCCCUUCCCCUUCUCCAAUCAGGACGAUUCCACGCCAGCUCCACUAUUACUCACCCAGGGCGCUGAAGCUCUGGUAUACCGCACCACUUUCCUCACUUCUUCAACCGCUUGCGCUCUCAAGUACCGACCAGCAAAACCAUGGAGACAUCGUACACUCGACAUGCGACUGACACGUCAGCGUAUUCUCGCCGAGGCUAGAGUCUUGACUCGCUGCCGUCGCGAGGGUGUCACUGUACCCGCUGUACUUGGCCUUGACUGGGAGCGCGGAUGGCUGGCACAAGAGUGGAUCUAUGGCAACACGGUCCGCAGAGUCUUGGACUGGGUGCACAAGGAGAGUGCUCUGCCAAGUGACGAGAGAGGGCACCAGGUACACGCUUUGUUGCGAAGAAUCGGCAGCGCCCUUGGCCGUUUACACGAAAGGGGUCUCGUCCACGGUGACCUGACGACCAGCAACAUCAUGCUCAGACCUGCCGAGGCCGAUAUCACUGAAGAGGAUAAGCAAAUCGGCAAGUCUGUUACCAUCACAAGCACGAAUGGUGAAGUCGUCUUGAUCGACUUUGGCCUGGCCCAGCAGAAUGUACAAGAGGAGGACAAGGCUGUUGAUUUAUACGUGCUUGAACGAGCUUUUGCUUCAACGCAUCCCGAGGUCGAGGAAGACUUUGGUCACCUGUUGCAGGCCUAUGGCGAGAGCUACAAGGGCGGAAAGACGGUACUCAAGAGAUUGGAAGAUGUGCGCAUGAGAGGAAGAAAGAAGAGCAUGCUGGGUUGA